CCUCACAGCAAUUCUGUGCACGUUCACCGUAUAUCUAAAGUUUCAACUCCCAAAGCCGGAAACGCUUCGUGAAGCCCAAUCCAAAUAAAGUAUCCAAUCUAAUCCCCACCAGGGCCACCACCGUCAAAGCGGUUCUUCUCUACAUAAAUGACAACUAAGUAGUAAUUCUUUUCGCAAACAGAAAUCACUCGCAUAAUGGAUUCACUCCUGCAACCAUCAUCACCGCCGCAACAACCAUAUCGAGACUGGGUGGAGCUGCCACGGGACGUAACUGCAAUGAUCCUAUCCAGGUUAGAUACCGAGGAGAUCUUAAACACCGCGCGACUCGUCUGCUCCACUUGGCAUAGCGUAUGCAACGACCCAUCCAUGUGGAGAUCAAUUGACAUGCGUGGUUUUGACGGUUAUUGUGAAGAAUUGGAUUACGAUAUUGAGAAAAUGUGUAAAUAUGCUGUUGAUAGGAGUUGUGGUGGCUUAAUAGAUAUUAACAUUGAGUAUUUUGCUACUGAUGAUCUCCUUAGCUAUAUCGCUGAUCGAGCAAGUCAUCUAAAACGACUUAGGCUUGAUGAACUUUCGGAUGAGGGAUUAAGUGAAGCAGUUAGAAAAUUUCCAUUACUGGAAGAGCUUGCUAUUUUAUCUUGCUCAUCAGAAAAAGCUCUUGAAGUUGUUGGCCAUUGCUGUCCUCUACUAAGAUCAUUGAAGGUGAACGACAGGGCACACAAAGACUUUCAUACAGAAUGCAAUCUGGAGGCAUUAAUCAUUGCGGAAAACUUCCCUCAUUUACACCACCUUCAGAUUCUCGGAAAUAGGCUGACAAAUGAAGGCUUGCAGGCGAUUCUCAAUGGUUGUCCACACCUUGAAUCACUUGAUUUGCGUAAAUGUUUCAAUAUAAGAACGGUGGGGGAUCUAGGCAAAAGAUGUGCUGAACAAAUCAAAGACUUGCGGUGGCCCUAUGAUCCCACUCCCAUCAGUGAUGACUAUCCUUUUAGUGAAUCUUCUGAUGAGGAAGACUAUGACGCUUCUAUUUUUUCCUCUCUUUCAUGGAGUGAUGGUCCUUACGGUGGUGAUCAUUAUGACUUCUAUGAUGAUUUUGAUGAUUAUGAAGAUUAUUUUGACUCUCGUUAUGAUUAUUAGUGGCUUGUUGAUGAGGUUACUCUUAUCCAGGUGAGCUAACUAAUUCUGUGUUAGUGUUCAUAAGACCUGCAAAUUGUCCAGUUUUAAUGGUGAUUUGUGUUUUGUAGGUGGGGAUAUAUGCACUACCGUGGCAUUUUGAUGCAGUUAUCGAUUUUGCAAUUUUUGGCAUGCCUUUGAUCAAAUGACUGUAAAGUUCAGUUCUUUGUUUUCUUUCAGUGUUGUCGUCUUUUAUGUAGUCUCCUGUUCUUCUCGUUUAAAGCCCCGUUGUCUUAGACAUCUUUUCUAUGUAAUGACUUUUAUAGUUAUUUUAAUUUAUUUUUGAGGAAUUAGUUUAAUAAUUUUUAUAUAAGGACUCUUGUAAUUAUUUCAUGA